UAGUAUAACAGAAAAAUAACAAACAAAUCCAUCAAAAACCAAUCAUAAGGGCGAGAAAACCCAUAAAAUCAAACAAACAAAAAACCAUGAAGAAACCAAAAAUGUCGACACCACUCAUCUUCCAAUCAAAACUAUUCUGCAUCUCACUUCUCUACCUCUUCACCACUUUGUUUCUAACAUUCUACACAUCUCUACACCCUACAAAUUGUCUCUUCAGAUCAUCUCCGUUUGAUCCCAUUCAGCUUCCUCUUUUCUCGUAUCCUCCGACCUACGGCGCCCACAAAUACGCGGUCCCGACGCAUCGCUCGUCGUGUUCUUCCCCGGUUUACUUCAAUGAUUAUUGGAUGGUUUUGAAGGAGAUUCAAGAUUUGUGUUGGAAUUCAUCUGUGUUCAAUGGGUUGAAGUAUAUGAAGAGAAAAAGUGAGAGUUUUGGUGGAAAAUUUAAUACCAAGAAGAGAAUUUCUUAUUUUAAUCAUGUAAAUGAUAGUGUAGAGAUUCCUUGCGGGUUUUUCAAGAAGUUUCCGAUCAGCAAUUCAGAUCAAAUAGCAAUGGAGAGGUGUAACGGAGUAGUUGUAGUGUCAGCAAUCUUCAACGAUCAUGAUAAAAUCCGCCAGCCAAAAAGCCUCGGAUCCAACACAUUACAAAACGUUUGUUUCUUCAUGUUCGUCGAUGAUAAAACCCUAAAAGGGUUAGAUUAUCACCAAUUAAUAUCAAGAAAAUCGAUUCAAAACACUGUUGGUGUAUGGAGAAUCGUUAGGGUUUCACAUUUAUACGAAAAUCCAGCGAUGAACGGAGAAAUACCGAAAUAUUUGGUGCAUAGACUGUUUCCGAAUUCGAAAUUUAGCAUUUGGAUCGACGCGAAACUGCAAUUAGUGGUGGAUCCGUUGUUGUUGAUUCAUGCAUUGGUGGUGUCGAAAGAAGCGGAUUUGGCAAUGUCGAAACAUCCGUUUUACGUGCAUACGAUGGAGGAAGCAAUGGCUACUGCGAGGUGGAAGAAAUGGUGGGAUGUUGAUGGGUUGAGGUUGCAGAUGGAGACUUAUUGUGAAAAUGGCUUGUUGCCUUGGUCAUCUCAUAAACUACCUUAUCCCUCAGAUGUGCCGGACAGUGCAAUGAUACUAAGGAAACACGGAACCGUCACCAAUCUAUUUUCAUGUCUAAUGUUCAAUGAGUUAGAAGCAUUCAACCCACGAGAUCAAUUAGCAUUUGCGUACGUACGAGAUCAUAUGACUCCGAAGAUGAAGCUAAACAUGUUCGAAGUCGAGGUUUUCGAGCAGGUGGCUAUGGAGUACAGACAUAAUCUCAACAAAGAUAGUAUUCAAACGUCAAAACCUAGAAAAAUAAAAAAAGUUGGUAGAGAUUUGUUGGGUAAUGGCAGCAGUUGCCAGAAGUAUCUGCUUGAAAUGUGGGGUGAAUCACAUAGUUGAUCGUUUGUAUAGAAUUAGAAGGUAAAAAAAGGAUACAAAAAUGAAGAGAAAAAAAAAAGAGAACUAACUAACUACCAUUCACAGGAUUAAGAUGACGAGUAGGUUGGCAGAGCUUUAUUUGUUUUGCGGAAAUUUUAUCGAAGGUAUUUGAAUUUUUUAGUGUCUAUUAGCAUAGUAUCUGAGUUUUAAUUCGUAGCUUCGAAAUAUACAUGAAAAUAACUCUAUA